AUGAGAUUCAGCGCCUCCGGCGGGAUUUUCCGGGCCCUCGCGGCGGCGGGCAGACAAGUGAGAUGGCUGUCGACGGCGAAGCACGAAUCGGUGCCCAGUGAGGCGGCGGACGUAGUGGUGAUUGGCGCCGGCGUGGUGGGCUUGGCGGUGGCGCGUGAGCUCGCGGUGAAUCUCGGGAGGGAAGUUGUGGUGGUGGAGUCCGGGCCCACCUUCGGGACGGGCUCGAGCUCUCGCAACAGUGAAGUCAUUCACGCCGGCAUUUAUUAUCCUCCUAAUUCUCUCAAGGCGCUUUUCUGUGUUAGAGGGAGGCAUUUGCUAUACCAAUACUGCAGAGAACAUGAUAUUCCUCAUAAACAGAUAGGGAAGCUAAUAGUUGCCACCCGAUCUUCAGAAAUCCCGAAGCUGAACGAGCUUUUGACUCGAGGGAUUGAAAAUGGAGUCGAGGAUCUUAGAAUGAUGGAGGCUGAAGAAGCCAAAAAGAUGGAACCGGAAUUAGAAUGCACGAAAGCUUUAUUAUCACCUGCCUCAGGCAUAGUCGAUAGCCACUCGUUUAUGCUAUCCCUAUUGGGGGAAGCUGAGAACCAUGGAGCAAUCUUCUCAUACAAUACUACAGUAAUUGGCGGUAAAUACGAAGAAGCUCGUUUGCAGCUGUAUGUUUCCGAAAGUCAGGGUCUUAAAAACCAGGAAGAAUAUUUAUAUAAUCCUUUGAGGCCCGACUUAAUUCUUCGCCCGAGGCUUGUUGUGAAUUCAGCCGGUCUUGGUGCUCUGGCUCUAUCCAAGAGAAUCCAUGGCCUGCAUAAUGGAAUUAUUCCAAAACCAUACUUUGCUCGUGGCUGCUAUUUUACGCUAUCGAGUAUCAAAACUCCACCUUUUAAGCAUUUGAUUUAUCCCAUACCGGAAGAUGGCGGAUUAGGAGUGCACGUGACGUUGGAUUUAAACGGCCAGGUCAGAUUCGGUCCCGAUGUUGAGUGGAUCGAUGGCAUUGAUGACAUUUCGAGCUUCCUCAACUUGUUUGAUUAUUCGGUGCCUGGAGAUCAUGCAAACCGAUUUUAUCCAGAGAUAAGAAAGUAUUAUCCAACUCUAAAGGAUGGAUCUUUGGAGCCUGGCUAUGCGGGUAUUCGACCGAAACUUUCUGGGGCAAUGAAAGAUCCUGCUGAUUUUAUUAUACAGGGAGAGGAUACUCAUGGGAUUCAAGGCCUUAUAAACCUUUUCGGUAUAGAAUCACCCGGGCUCACUUCAAGUCUGGCCAUUGCUGAACAUGUUGCUGCUCGAUUAUCGAGAUAG